AUGAGUAUCAAUCUGACCACAAACCUGAGCUUUGGAACUCUGCUGACUGACUCUGAGGAGAAGCAAAGAAGUGGGCUUUCUAGGACAGGCCAUACAGUUGUGGCAGUAUUUCUUGGUAUAAUUCUUAUCUUGGGUUUCAUCAAUAACUUCAUUGUGCUCAUCCUCUUUUGCAAGUUUAAAGUCCUUCGAAAUCCUGUGAACAUGCUUCUCCUGAACAUCAGUAUCAGUGACAUGCUAGUUUGCCUUUCAGGCACUACACUAAGUUUUGCAUCCAGCAUCCGAGGCAGGUGGAUUGGAGGGUACCAUGGAUGCAGGUGGUAUGGUUUUGCCAACUCUUGCUUUGGUAUUGUGUCUCUGAUUUCUUUGGCCAUCCUAUCUUAUGAGCGCUACAGGACCCUCACCCUAUGUCCCAGACAAGGGGCAGACUAUCAGAAGGCUCUACUGGCUGUUGCCGGCUCAUGGCUAUAUUCUUUGAUCUGGACUGUACCACCUCUGAUUGGCUGGAGCAGUUAUGGAACUGAGGGAGCAGGGACAAGCUGUUCUGUGCACUGGACCUCAAAAUCAGUCCAAUCUGUAUCCUACAUCAUGUGUCUCUUCAUCUUCUGCCUGGUCAUCCCCAUCCUGAUUAUGAUCUAUUUCUAUGGACGACUUCUGUAUACAGUUAAGCAGGUUGGAGGUGAUAGCCCAGAAGGUAUUUUGAGACUUGGUGAUGAGAGUGUGAGUGUAUAUGAUGAGAAAAAUGGAAGUAUGGGUUGGAGAGAAGAGGGAGAGUUUGAGUCCAGGAAAUCAGAGCGAACCUCAGCCACUGUGGACGAGAAGGAACCAGCACCUGGUGAAUGCAGAAGAAAGGGGGCAGAGGGACUCCUGGUUGUGGGCAUUUGCAGGAGAUUGGAGCUUUUGGUUUGGAGUUCCUGGUCAGAAUGGAGAGCUGAUUAG